CGAGAGAGUACACAGAAGUCAAGUGACGAACAUCCUUUUAACUACUCGACAUUUCACUCACCAUGAGGAUCUUCGUGUUCUUCGCCUGCCUUUCACUGGCUCUUGCGUUUUCACCAGGCCGCCUAGACGAGAAGUCGAUCUUUGGCGGCAUCGAGGCGCCUUUAAAAAGUCGCCCCUACCAAGUUGCUAUCUUCCGUACACCCACUGGGGGAUUUAACAGUCAGUAUUGCGGCGGAACUCUUCUCAGCACACGUUGGGUGUUAACUGCUGCUCACUGUGUUGGGACUGGGGGAGCACCGUACGUUGGGCUUGGAUUCCACAACUUAGCAAACGGGCAACAGAUCAUCAGAGGCAAGGGCUACGGCCACCCUUCAUGGCAUUCCAACGACAUAUCUCUGAUUCAUCUGGACGCACCAGCAACCCUGUCGGAUGCCGUACAGCCCAUCAAGCUUGCCAGAAAUGGUUCAGACAUUUCAGGAGGCGAGAAGCUGUUAGUGAGUGGCUGGGGUAAAGCGUCAUCCGGAUACUUCCCGACCACACUGAGACAGGCGGUGGUGAACGGAGUGAAUCGCGCUACAUGCAACAGCAAGGGAGCUUACAACGGCAAAAUCAAAGACAACAUGGUCUGCGCUGCAGCAGCCGGGAAAGACUCCUGCCAGGGUGAUAGCGGUGGUCCACUUGUCAGCAACUUCGACGUUAAUUCGCACUCCCCCAGCACAACACUCGUGGGAGUUGUCAGCUGGGGCUGGGGUUGCGCCAAUCCCCUCUACCCCGGAGUGUACACCCGAGUUGCCUACUACUGCUCCUGGAUCGCCAGUACGACGUCAAAUGAAGUGACAUGCUAGGUGUUUCCAAGUCAGCAUUCUUUGGCAUAUGCAUGAUUCUCGAUUAUGAGAGUGAUUCUAUUAUUUUUCCCCCUCUUAAAAUCAAAACAUAGGGAGUAAUGUUAAGGAAACAAACUUUUUAGUAAUUAGUGAGCCGUUUCAAAGAUUUAUGAUAGAUGAGAGCCUUCAAUCACUCAUUACUGUAGCGUAGUACGUGCUCCUAUUUCAAGACGGGACUGAUAAGGAGUAAACAUGGGCCGUUUUCCAAUACCCAACGUCGGCUCCGUCUCAAGCUCCAACUGCUUUUUACUAGCUGACUUUGAAGAUGUAAGCGCAGUAAUCAGUCUAUUAGUACCACAGAACAUCAAAUAAAAUGCAAGAAAGCCAAAAAAUAUAGUAAUACAAUGCAAUUUAAAGGCUUUAGGACCACAAUCGGGGAUUGGUUUUGGGAAUGAAGCCUGAGACAGAGAUGAAGUUGAGUAUUGGAAAACGGCCAUGUUCAAUGCUGAGUAAUCUGCUCCAUCGCAUACCCUGAUUCUCGAUUGAUCAGACUCAUCCAUGGCAGUAAUUAAGGCAAAACAUCGGGCACCAAAAAGUACAGCUUCCUCCGAAUCAAACUGUGCAUUUUGAUGUUAAAAAAAUCGAGGAAGUUCGUACCUACAAAUAAAUCUGAUAUCAGACACGUCCAAAGUUAAAUUGUGUCCAGGAUAUAGUCUCCAUGGAGCUCUAGACACAAUAUUGGUCGAGUUCGGGCGGCCUGUUCUUGACACGAGUUUCUUGU